CAAACGUAAAGCUAGAUGCGUUUUUAGUCCAGUCACUUGACAUGUGAGGUAUGCAAGCAAUGUUCCAGUGCUUUAUGAAAGAUGAACUACUCUACCUGCCUGAUUCAAUGGACUUGUAGGCUAUGCAUCCAGUGUUUCCCCUAUAAUUGUUUUUUCUUAGGGGGGUGCAAAUGUCUUGGAAAGGGUUUGAGGACAGAGAAACGUCAUGUUUGCUUUCUGGAUCACAAAGCUGCAGGAGGAGAGUGGUGUUGGGUAAUAGGCAAAAAUCGAGAGAGGCAGAGAUCUGCACAUCACUGGCUUACAGAGCGGACACCACCUCACCCAGAUAACGCACGUGUCCCUCAGGCACAGAGAACCAUGGCGUUUACAGGGUUGCUGAGAGAGGAGGACAUCAGGGCUGCUGUCAAGGCUUGUCAAGCUCCAAGCACAUUCAACUUCAAGUUGUUCUUUGCACAAGUGGGACUGACCGGCAAGCCAGAGGCAGAGGGCCAACGAGUGUUCAGAGUCCUGGACCAAGACCAGAGUGGAUACAUAGAGGAGGAGGAGCUGAAAUUAUUCCUGCAGAACUUCUCCUCAGGGGCCAGGGAGCUGACUGAUGCUGAGACCAGAACUCUCCUAGCGGCAGGAGACAGAGAUGGGGAUGGCAAGAUAGGGAUGGAAGAGUUCUGCGCUUUGCUGAAAUGAAGCUUUCACUCCUCAUCAGGGCUGUCUCUUUUUUUCUUUCUUUCUUUUGGUACUUUUUACAACGUCUGGAACCCAAAACGCCCAGCUUCAGCAAGUCUGGAGGGAAAUGCCCACCUCAGCGACUCGAUUUACAUGCCUGCUGGUCCUCUCUCCGGUUGAUGGUGCAUCCUGGCACAUAAGUUCAUGGCCGUGGAUAUUAGGUGUAUAAGUCAGUGUCAGUUUAUCCAUUGGGUAACUGGUAUGGUUUAAUAAAGGAUUUAAAAUGUA